CCAGGACUCUGCAUUCACUAUAUCUGGUCUCCCACAGUACACAGAACAUCGAAGUGCAAUUAUUUUAGUAAAUAUAACCUGCUAAAUACCUUUUCUCAUCAACAGUUUAUAGCAGUCUUGUGACUUCUUGUGUCCAGCAGAGCACAUGUUAAAGCUUGUAGGAGGAGUUUUCAUUUUGUUUUGGAAAGCUGCAGGACCCCUGACCUCUUUCUGCACAGUGCUGAUUGGCCCUGUGCUGAUCACAUGCACUCCCCAUGAAAGAAACACUUCUCUGGCAAUAAACACCAAACAGAGCAUGUGCAGAUGUCUCCACACCAUAUAUCUUAGCAGGAGAUAAGAGG